CGAAGAACAUUUUUUUAACAAUGCUCCUCAAACUUCGGGGCCUGGGUGAACGGGCCGGACACGGCGCCUUCAGCUCGGCCGGAGACUGCACUCCGACGGGCUGCUCUGCCAUCUGAAGCGAUGCAGUCCCUGCCCAUGGAAGUGGGCAGCAGCAGCAGCUCAGCUCCCAGCGACACACCUGGCUCGAUGGUACAGGUGUGCUUCCCCAGCGCUCAGGCCUCGGUGCUGGACAGCCUGAACCGGCAGAGAGAGGACGGCAGGCUCUGUGACCUCUCCAUCCACGUCCAGGGACAAGUCUUCAAGGCUCACCGCUGCGUCCUGGCCGCAUCCUCGCCCUACUUCCACGACCAGGUAGUACUGAAGAACAUGUCCACAGUCUCCAUCCCGGCGGUGAUGGACCCGCUGGCGUUUGAGAGCGUGCUGAGCUGUGCUUACACCGGGCAGCUCCGCAUGCUACGAGACGACAUCGUUAACUACCUCACGGUGGGCAGCGUCCUGCAGAUGUGGCACAUCGUGGACAAAUGCACCGAGCUGCUGAAGGAGGGCCGAGCUGCAGCUGGAGGAGGGAGCAGUGGAGGAGGGGGCGUUCAGGACAUAGCCGGUGAGGGAGGAGGUGCUGGGUCAGCUAACCCCGGGUGUAGCAGCAGCAACCCUGACGGCGGCGCAGCCGGUGGUAACGAAGCUGGUGGCGAUGGUGGUGUUGGUGGUGGUCAGCCCCAGGUCGUGGGGUCCAACGAGCCCCAGCGCACCUCCCAACCUCCCAGCCGCCCGUCAGUGAGUGAGAGCCAGUCCCCCAGCAGCACCAACUACUUCAGCCCCAGAGACGGGAGCAGUUUUGGGGGAAGCGGUGCGGCCGCAGCUGGGGCUUCAGUGGACGGAGGCGGGGCUAGCAACACCCCCAGCUACUGCACCCCAUCAGGAGGAGAGGAGGCCUUUCUUAUUGAGGAAGAGGAGGAGGAGGUAGAGGAGGAAGAGGAGGAGGUGUUGUACCAUCAAAGGAAGAGAGGAAGAGGAGGAGGCAGCGGGAGGAGGAAGAAAAUGAGCUCAGUGUCAGAGCAGGAAGUCGGGGUCAGUGACAGCUUUGGUGUGUCGUCCUAUCAGGAUGGCGAGGACUCAACGGUGCCGCCAUCGCAGAAGCGUCCCACCUACAGCCAGCCCAGCAUCAUGCCUCGUAAACAGUGGGUGGUGGUGAAAACCGAACGCUCGGAGGACGACGACCUCAUCGUAGUGUCCGGGGAGGAGGGAGGAGACGAGGAGGAGGACGAGGACGAGAGGGAGGUGGAGCUGGCCAGAGCGAGGGAGAGAAGCGACUUCAACAUCUCCAACGUCAGGAGCCUUUCAGCUGAGCUGGGAGGCAGAGCUGAGAAUGACAUGGACUCGCAGAUGGAGUACUGCCAGUCCUCAGAAGACUACCUCAAGUUCGAAGGCAGUUUAAUGGACCAGACGUUAGCUCAGCACCUUCAUGACAGCGCUGCGGGUCAGAGCCAGAGUGCUAACCAUGCUGUCUCAGCGCUGCUGGGCCAGGUUCAGUCUGCAGCCACAGCCCGGGCCCAGCUUUUGCCCCUGGACAUGCAGGGGAACCAGAUCCUCCUCUACAGCCAGGCCUCUGGACUCUCUCUGGACGCUGCUGUCCCGCCUUUGGGGAUGGCAGGUGGUAUGAUCGGGGCAGCCUCUUUCAAAGGUCCCAGUCUGGAGCACGGAGCGGUCCACCUGUCGGUGCAGGGCGGCUUGGGGGUGGAUGGCAUGGACAGCGGGGGGAUUGGAGGUGGAAGUGGCAGCGGUGGCAGCAACAGCAGCUCCGGGGGUUCAGGGAAGGUGUUUAUGUGCCACUGUGGUAAGACCUUCACCCACAAGAGCAUGAGGGAUCGCCACAUCAACAUGCACCUGGAUCUGAGGCCUUUCCACUGCCCUGUCUGUGCCAAGAAGUUCAAGAUGAAGCAUCACCUCACAGAGCACAUGAAGACGCACACGGGCCUGAAGCCGUACGACUGCCUCGGCUGCGGCAAGAAGUUCAUGUGGCGCGACAGCUUCAUGAGGCACCGCUCGCACUGCGAGAGGCGCGGCGGGCUGGGGGAGAGCGGGGAGGGUGGGAGCGGUGGUGAGGGAGGGAGAAGAGGGGGAGCGGCAGGUGAGGAUGGGCCGGAUCUGAUUUCCUCCCCUCACCUCCUCCUGUCUGCAGGUGAGGGUGGACAGGGUAAUAUUCUGGGAGGAGGAGGAGGGAGAGGAGGAGUGUCUGUUUCUUCUCCACUUCUUUCCGGCGCUGUUCUGUCGCCGCAGCACGGCGGCGUCUCAGCCACAGGAAGUAGCGGCAGUAACAACAGCGUAAGUAACAGCGGCAGCGCCGCUCUGAGCAGCAGCGUGGCGGCCACGGGGGCGCUGCUCGGGAUCGUCUCUCAGAGUCCAGGUCAGGGACCCGGGAUGUUCGGUGGUCUGGGGCUGGGUCGAAGUGUGUGUGAUGAAGACGUGUGUGAAGUCAGUGCCAAUGAAAGUAGCGUGACUUAAACCAAAAGUGUGUGUUAAAUCCAACGGGCGCCUCGAGGUGAGAGAACAUCCGAGCUCCUGGUUCCUGUCGCUGCUCUGGAAAUGUUGUAAACUUUGUUCCUCUGAAACACUUUAGCUGCCAACACUCAGCAGGAAGUGAGCACUUUGUCCAGAACAGGGAAAACAGGUGAGGCUCCCGUUGGACACACGACCUAAAGAACCUGUAGGUGUUUACAGAAAGAUGGGCGACUGUUGUGGUGUGAAGUUUCUCUGACAGACUUCUGGUUCUGCCGAUUCUGUCUGAAGUUCUUGUUCCGCAGAGACUUUGGGAACUUGCUUCCGAAAAAGUGGCCUCAUAAAAAAAACACGGACCUUUUGUCUCAGUGAGUAAGCUAUUGUUUUAAAUAUCUAAGAUGUUACUAAAGUUUUAUUUUUUUUUGGUUCUGCAGGAGAAUGUGUGCUGGUCGAGAGGAAACCAAAAACGAAAAGACAGUGCUUCACUAACUGUUACCUUCUGUAACAUUAUAGUAUCAGUAGAGUAGAAAAAUGGCUGUUUGAAUUUGCUGUGAUUUUCUGCAGUAUUGUAUUGUGAUUUAUUGCUGUAACCAGAUUUUUAAAAAAAACACAAAACUGCGAGAGAAUAAUACAAAUGAAGGAAAAGAUGAGAUUUACGUAGUGAAACCUGAAAAUAGGCACAAGGAUUUAAACAGAUCUCGAAGCAUCGUGGCUCAUGAAGCUCACUGUGAAACUUUCGAAGACGCAAACUUUGCAGAUUUGUGUUUUUUUUUUUUUUUUUUAAGUCCUCACAUCAGCAGCGAUUCAUCUUUUCUUGCCUCAGUGCCCCGUGUGAACAACUGUCAGCACUGCCAUGUUGUUUUAGAUGAAACUACGGUGCGAUCCUGGAUUAUAGUUACGGCACAAUCAUUUCUCCUCAUCACACAGGAAGCCUGACAGAUCCCCGACACGUGUACAGGGAAGGAUAUUUACCCGACAGGAACACUCUGUCUUUCAGCUGCUUACUCAUUUGCCAGUUUUGCUGCUGUUACCUGCUUUCACUUUCUUAUGUUACUGUUCACAGAGUUCUCAUACUUAAAGGAGUAUAUUAUUCUUACUGUAAAUAUAUAGAGAUAUAUGUCACCAGACCUGUAACAAAUACUAACUUUAAGUACUGAUGCAUAUGACGCCGUCUGGUUUUGCUUUGGAAGGACUUGAUCAGUUGUAGAGAAGGUUUUUGAAAGUGUUCCACGCCGAGUUUCCCAAAAUCGAUCUUAUCCUUUGGUGAAUCUCUUCACCAAGUAUGAAGGAGGUUUGGGGAAACCUGGUGACUGUAGAUGGCAAUUUUAUCUAAGCUAUACAGUGUAUAGUGUGAAUACCUCCUCUGAAUGGUAGAGUUUAGUCAAGUUAUGGACCCAAAUGAAAAGAAAACAUUUUUCUGUAGCUGUUACACACAAAAAAAGUCACAUACUUGUUUUAUUCUUUUUACUUGACAACAUUUCGUUAUGAACAGCUCACUCCAUUUCAUUUCCUCCUUUGUGUGGAAUCACUGGUCUUUAGAUUCCAGUAUUUUCCUCUGGUGGCUUUUUCCUUCUUGCAGUAAUUUUAAAAGCAUCAUAGCAUCGUGCAGGUCCUGACCUCCCACACGUUUUUAUUCUUUUUUCCCUCUUAGGUCGCAUUUACCAGCAGUGGUUUUGGCUUUGGUCUCACACCCGUCUUUGCUUUGGUCCUGGAUGUGAAUGGGAAUAAAAAUGUUCCAGGUACGUUGUUGUGAAAAAGGCACCAGUUUGAAACACGAGCUAAAGGCUGGUUUGGUUCAAAUGGCAAAGUUUUCUGAUAAAUCCAGAUCGACAGAGAAAGAUUUAAAAAAUAAAAUCCGAUAACAACCCAAAAAUGAAUUAAUCAGUAAAAUAACCUGUAAUAAAAACCCUAGUAGUAGUAGCCGUGUUUUACCACUGCUGGAUAAAUGUUAGCAGACUGUGUCGGUGCCAGUUUUCCUUGUGGGAGUUCAGAGCUUCAAGUUCAUCUUUGUUUACUCACAAUAAAACAAAAAUGAACUUUUUGCUUGAUUUGAUUGAAUUUGACUGUUGAAAUGUGACCUCACAGUUUUUAUUUUACAGUUCUCCACUUUACUCAAACACCAUGUUCUGUUCUGGACCCUGGUUAAAAUACACUGUUAGUUCUGUGCUGUAUCUACACUGGGACUGCUGAAGUUACAGGAUAGUAUCAGUACUGUGUGAUGCAUUUAGGGACCAAACUGAACAUGUACUGGUACAACUACUGAACAGACACACUGACGGGGGUAAUACACUGCAGACUGUGCACAGUAUAAAUACUUUGCUGCCUUUGGUUUUUCCAGUUGUGUUUGUUAAAGUUUGUAAAAUGUUGUUAAAUGUGAGACAUUUAAGGUUCAUGUGCCUUUACCAGCUCGUUGACCUGCUCGUUUGUCACUAAUUAUUUACAUAUCUUACUUAUUCUAAAAAAAAAAAAAACAUACUGAUUACUGAUUCAUCUGCUUUAACAGAAAAACUAUGGAAUUCAACAAAAUAUUUUGCAAUUCAAGGAAAACAUGGGUUAAUAAAGAGGAAAAAUAUAUAAUUUGUGAUAAAAUAAGUCAAGCGGCUUUUGUUCUGAUGCUCACUGAUCAGUACUCAGACGUGUGCCCCCUGUGGUCACAGCUGGUACUGCUAUAAAAGAUGAACAUGAUUUAA